AUGGGGUUUCAUCUGUCAAGGCUCGUUGUCUUAGCGGCACUGCUACGUGCUUCAUACGCAUUCAGCGUCACGGCAAACACUGAUGGAAACGCUCUGGCCUCUGCUAUCUUUGGCAAUGGUAUAAGUGUCAUCUCGGCAUCGUUUACCGGCGCAUCGGACAGUUCUGGAACAUUCACUGAUGGUCCUUUCGGUAUGGGAGACGCAGCGAUCCUCACCUCGGGAGCUGCUGUUGGAGCUCUUCCAAAUGGAGACCACUACGUCAAUAAUGGUGCGGCUGGGUCAGCAACGUAUUGCGGCGGUUUAAGUAACAACGCUGCGAUAUUGACUGCGGAUGUCAUGCUUAUUCCAGGUUUCGGAGGAGUGAGAUUCGAGGUUGUCAUGGCUUCGGAAGAAUCAGGUCAACUAAUAGGACCCAGGGGCGCUGCUGAUGCAAUUGGCAUAUUCGUAAACAACCAGAACUAUGCCUUGGAUGGUAAUGGGAAUAGGCUGAACGCGGUGAGCCAGUGGCUGUCACAACCUUUGGUUAUUGUACCGCCCAACAGCGUUACCUCGUACGCCGGGUCGUCGCCGCCUUACUGGAUCGAUGUACCGUCAUUUCCCGGUGGUAUGCAGACUGUGGUCGUCGCAAUUUGUGAUGCUGGAGACAACAUGUGGGACUCAGCCCUGAUGAUCAAAGCUGAAGCCUGCGUUGACUGCAAAGAACCUUUCCGGCUUGCCUACGUGACAACCACAACUACAUUGACAGCAGGCGAUACGCCCUACACCUCUACUAUCACUGCUUCGGGAACUUUGUCCGGAACGAUCGAAAUCGGGGUAACAGCAGAAGAAACCUCCACCACUACCGAGGAGCCUACGACGACGAUAGUUGUAGACGAGACAACAACUACCUCUGAAGAGCCCCCUACGCCAACUACUCAGGAUGAAUCAACGACAACUUCUCAGGAGACAACCAGUACUGCUGAGGAUACUAUUAUGGCAACAACUAGCAAGGAGACGGCCACUAUUACCACCCCUGAGGAGACGACUACCACAACUGCCAAGGAAACAACAUUCACUGCUUCAGGGACUACCACAGACACUACCACAGACGUUAUGGAGACAUCGACCGAAGCCAGUAGCUCAGUCACUUCAGAAAAACUCCCAAACUCUACCAUGAUAACAGCAGAUACAACAAGUGUCGAACGAAGUGACACAGUUACAGAGUCUUCAACCAUCGUAGUCGAGUCCACUACUGCCCCAAUAUCUGAUACUGCCACUAAACCAGCUCCAAACUCUUCCAAUGAGAGCACUACCAGCCUCGAAACAACGAGUUUGUCCGACAGUCCCAUUGAUAGUACAACUACCUCUUGGGAAGAAGUUCAAGUGCCAUCAACUAUCCUAGCAGUCCCAACAUCUACCGAUGAGGUCACCCUGAGCUUGAGUAGUGACCUCUCAAGCGAGUCAGAAACAAGUAAGCUCUCACCGCAUAUAUCUAAAAAGCCCAUACCUCUUGCCACAGUCAUUGCAUUCACAGCUGCAAAAAGCCCAGUACUAACAGCGAAACUAGCCCCCAUACCAGAUAUGACCGCAACCGAGUCCUUUGAAACAAGUGCUGCCGAAGAGACGGAGUCCUCGACAGACACAAUUUCAAACCCAGCGGAGGAGACAAGCUUUAGUGACGUCAUCACUUCAACAGCCCAGGACACAUCGUCUCCAGCGACAUUAGCAGUUCCUACAUCGUCUACCAUACCGUCUAACCUAGCAGUGAUCGGGACUUUUAAGUUCUUCGGUUGCUUAGGAUCUGCAGCUGGUUAUCCCAGCUUUGGCUUGAUCGGAGAGGGACCUGAUAUGACCACUGCAGAGUGUGCCAGGUUAGGACGAGGACGUGCUUAUAUAGGCAUCUACCAGAGAUCCUGUUAUGCAGCAGAUACUUUGGACUCUGCUGAAAUUGUGACCAACGGUCGCUGUGAUCUGCCAUGCCCUGGGGACCCGGGCCUGUUCUGCGGCGGUGUGGUUUUGACCGACUCAAGCCUGGACUCGCGCCUUCGACGUCGAGAUGCCCCUCCUGGCAUUUUGCUCACUUUGUAUGCGCAGAUUGAAGCCACAUCCAGCUCUUUGACCACUUCGGACGCUCCUAGCACAGCAGAGAUACCUUCUCUCACAGUCUCUACAAGGAUCACUCUUCAACCUAUCUUGACCUCUGAGUCUUCCGGCUUCCCUACCGACAACCCGACAAUUUCGAAUUCUCCAUCCUCAACCACAGAAACAUUUGUUGAUUCGGUCAUCAGCCUUGAGCCUUCAGUUCCUGUCACUAGAUCACAAGGCGCAAAGCCGAUCACGCCCCCAUUCCCGACAACUGUCUCUUAUAAUGCAGGCAACUUCACCAGAACCGAAGCUGUGGCACCAAUAAUCACCACUGUAACAUACACCAUUGUUGACCCUAAUGACCCGUCUUACUUGACUAUCACUGAGUAUUGUACCACGUUGCGACCGCCCCCUUGUCACAGAUGUCAGUAUCAGAAACCGCCAACGGUUGAGAUGACGACUAUCGAGGUGGGUUGCAAUAGGUGUGGUCACAAUGGAGAGAACACCAUUACUCUUAACAUUCCAGCUGGUGCAGUUGUCGCAGCUCCCACAAGAGAAUAUGCGGCUCACGAAACCCACAGCGUUCAACAUUACGAGCCUAAGCCGGAUACUCAGGGGACUCGGCCCAAGAACUCUUCCCCUGCAGCCAAGGGUAGCCAUGGUCAAGCGGAACCUUCUGCAGUGCCUUUGGGAGGAAACGGUUAUCCUGAUGCCCCCAAGCCAACGUUUCACCGCAGGCCAGCUCCAGCUCAUACACCAGUGAUUGUGCCAGAUGCUCCUAUUGUCAUUGUCUCAGGGGCCGUAGUAAAGGCGAUCGAAGGAAUGCUGAUGACAAUGCUCUUGGUGGUUGGUCUUGCUUUUCUCCUGUAG